UGUCUGUUACAAAAAAAUUAUACUUCGUCCCACUGGUGAGCACGAGGCUCCUUUACUACUGAAAAGGCUGUAGUCUCUCACUACGCUGGCCCAGCUUUGCACGUAACGAAAGCGAACAACUUGCAUGGUAUGUUUAAAAAAAAUAACCAAAAUCUGAAAUAUGCACUUAUACCUAAACAAGAUCGGUAACCUUAACACCUCAAUCUAUUAUCAAGCAAUGAACAUAAAAAUUAAUAAAAUAUAGAAACCAAUAACUCACCCAUAAUAAUGAGGUAUCGGCGAGGAAAACACGUAAGUGUAAACAAGAGGAAAUUCCCCUUCGUCAAACAAUUCCUAUUAGUCGUGUGAGAGUAGAGUGGCGAGUGCGAAUGCCGACCGGCCGGCUCCGGUCGUGGCUGCACACAGCGCGCGAAGAACGCACCAUGACCUUUGCCACUGCUGUUCACUACUGCGAAGACCUCGAAUUUGGAGUUUUGGAGCCGUCGCCGGCACGGACAGCCGUCAGUUGCGUGCCGAACGCCGAUGCGACGCCACGUGCCCCGAGCUUUACCAAAAACGUCGCAGCGCAAACUUACCGGUGAUUAUCGUUCGCGUGUUUGUGAAGUGUACCAUGUAGGGACGAUCGACGCGACGUGUGUCCAAUGACAGUGGCGUUGGCGAGCCAAAUACAUGUGCCGGUCGUGAAACUUCGCCAGAACAGUGUUCACUCGAACCGCAUCUCGCUAAAUUAUAUUUACUAACCAGCAUUAAACAAUUUACGAGUGUAUCGUGUGUGAUAUACAUUAAUUAUUUUGUGAUUACAUACCGCCUCACUUCGCCGUAUCCCAUUUUGUGUAACUGGAGACGCCCGGAGCGACGCGACCGCCGGUGAAAAAUGUGCAAAGUGCGCGAGGCGGAGGACACCGCGACAGUGUCACGGAGUGCUCGGCCGGGUGCGGGGACGGUUGACAUGUGCGCAUAAGGGCCGGCCACCACGUCGAACAGUUCCGAGUGGGGGGCGCUGGCGACCGCCGCCAGCGAUGGUAUGGACGUUGCGUUCGGCAAUGACAGCGACGCAUGGAACGCGACCGAACAGGGCGCGGAUGCGGAAGCGAACCUGUACAACUACUGGGCGUGGAGCAUCGUCGAUGGCUCGCUAAUGGUGCUCAUCGUGAGCGGCAACACGCUCACCAUCCUCGCGGUGACGCUCAGCCGGCGGCUCUCCUCGCUCGUCUCCAACCAGUUCGUGCUCAACCUGGCUAUUUCCGACCUGAUGGUGGGGCUCACGCUGCCCUACCACCUCGUGUUCUACAUCGACGACGACUUCGGCAAGAUCAAGUGGUCGUGCCUCAUGAGGUUUAUCCUGAUAAUCUUGGCGUGUUUGGCAUCCAUAUACAACAUAAUAGCGAUCGCGGUGGACAGAUACAUAGCAAUCGUGCACCCGCUGCACUACAGCCGGUACAUGACGAAGGUGGUCACUCGGGUGCUCAUGAGCGCCACGUGGUCGGUGGCGGUGUGCAUAAGCUGCAUACCCAUGUUUUGGAACGACUGGCACGAGGGCGUCACUUGCGAGAUGAACAUGGUGGUUCCCAAACGGUACACGACGAGUAUCCUGGCUCCGAUGUUCUCUCUCAUCUGGAUGGUAAUGUUCAUCCUGUACUGGCGGAUAUGGCGCGAAGCGACGUGCCAUGCGCGACGCAUGCGCGCCAACACCUGCUGCCCUACGGGCGCUAAUGACUGGAAGAGUAUACAGGUUGUACUCCUAGUUCUGGGCUCAUUCUCUAUAUGUUGGAUGCCGUUCGUGGUGGUGGCGUGCGCGCAGACGCUUCCCAUCAUGCCGCUGCACAACCACAUCGCGUACCGGCUCACCUCUUCCCUGGCGAUGUCAAACUCCGGCAUCAACCCCCUCAUUUACGCGUGGAAAAACGCCGGCUUUCGGGCGGCGUUUGCCAAGUUGCUCCGGUGCAAACGACCCGACACGUCCGAGUACAGAGGGUCCCCGGCACCGGAAAGAAAGCGAGGCUCGGUGGCACUUCGGGAGGGCUCGAUAACGCGGUCGAGUGCGCCCAGCGGGCUGACGAGUUUGGGCAGCGGGCGGCCGGCGCGGCUGCUGUACGUGGAGCGCGAGGACACGGCGCGCUGCCGCAUCAUCGAAAACGCGGGCUACGUGGAGGCAGAGCGCGGCGACGCCAACCCCUCGUACGCGCCGGAGCCCACGCCCGUGCACCGCACCACGCCACGACCGCCCGACAUAGUGUAG